GCUCAACCUAUAAAGUAUAAACACCAUCGUCAUUUACCAACAUAUUACAUUUAAAUCACGUUUACGUUUCUUUAACAAGAUAUCAAUACAGUCAUUUUUCAUUUUUCAGUUGUAUAUUACAUUCUAAUUUGUAAUUCAUGAUUUAUAUCAUUUAUCUAAAUAUAUAUGUAAAUACACGGACAGUUUUUAGAAGGUCUAAUGUGUUAAUUAUUUAAGACUAUGGAUAAACUGUUUAAAGAUAAAUCAUUUGAAGAGUUUACAGUAACAUGUGACGAAAUUAUAAACAAUCUGUUUGAACACGAAGUCAUUGUCCAGCCUACCAACAAAAUUUUAUUUAAUUCGGUCAGAAAAGAAAUACGCGACAUCGUUUGUAAUACAUGCUGCGAUUUAAAUAAAAUUUCAAAGAUUUUAUACGAUAAUGAAUAUGAAGAAGAAAAAGUUGAUUAUUUUUUAUCUGCAAUUCAGAAGAGAAAGAACGAGUUGCUCUACUUAAUAUUACUUCAUCAUAAUAGUAAACAAGGUGAAACAGUGGCUUUAUUUGAUUGUGCUCUUAAACUUGUUUGCGGCACCAGUGAGUUGAAGACCUUGAAAUAUCCAAUUCUUCAACUGGCAUUAACAACUUAUAAUAAUACCGAGCACAAGCAGAGAUUAUAUGAUGUUGAUAAAAAUAUGUUAAGAAAACUGAUUGAUGUUUUAGAGAGUAGUGAUUUAAAUUAAUGAUCCAAACAA